AAGUAGAGUUGUUUAAAUAGUUUUUUUCAUUAUAUCUUGUGUGGUCAUUGCAGGGCUGUGAAUAAGUGUUAUUUUUCCUACAGCACUUGAAGGAGGCACGUACCUUUUCAGAGUAAAGGCCUGACUGUGCUGGAAGGGCAGCGGUGACUGGACAGGAGGCGCCUGCUGUUAUUUCUACCACACACAAUCAGUUUUAUCUGUCUGGAUUAUUGGACCUGGUGGAAUCUGUCUGGUAAGCACCGAAGGAAAAGGAGGGAGAGGAGAUGCUUCCUCUGUGGAUUUUGUUGCUGUGCUUUUAUUGUGGAGGGGUUCGCAGCGUUUCCUCCUCUUCCCUUCAUCCGGCCCCUCACAUUCCUGAGUCUCUGGACCUUCAGGUGGAGUAUGGACAGUCGGCCAUCUUGCCCUGCGAUGGCUCUUCAUACCUGGAGGAUGAUGGGGGCGUCCAGUGGGAGGCGAUGGGGGAGGAUGUGGUAACUCUACAAGGGGAGGAGCUAAAAGUCGGAGACAGAUUCACGGGUCGGGUCCAUUUUGCCUCUGAAGAGAAGAGAAAGGAAGGAGACUGGUCUGUGGUGGUCGAGCGUUUACGCUUCAGCGACACCAACAUGUACGAGUGCAUCUGGCAGGGACGGCGGACUCUGUCCACAGUCUGGCUCACAGUCACACCCCCUGAAGUUGAGGACUCUCUGGUGGUCUCUGUGGGUGAUGAUGUGAUCCUCCAGUGCUACAUUGACGUCUCCAGGAUCCAGUCUCCUGAGGACCUUCUGGUGUGGUGGGAAAGGAACAACACCAUGAUUAUCCAAAAGAAGGAGGAGGUGUCUGUCAGUUCUGACGGUGACUCGGUGGUUUAUUCUCCAACGCAAAAUGACUUCAGUGAGCAGACGGACUUCACUGAGACCUUUCACGUCCAUAUGAGGCCGAAAACAGUGGAUGACAGUGGAGAAUACCGCUGCUGGUAUAAAACCAGGAGGUCUGAUGAUCCCAGGCCAGGGACGCCACAGAGCAUCACAGUGACUGUUCUAGAACCAAACCAUGAGGAGACAGGUUUCGAAAUGACCGAUCAUUUUGAGACAACCACAGAAACGGCUGAAACCAUGACCGAUCUAACGCCAGUGCUCCUGGACGACGCCACACAGCCCGUGGAAGUCAUCACAGAGCCACAGCCAAUGGAAGCCUUUGACGAGACAGUGACAUCAUUCCCAGAUGACCACUCACCGGACACAUGGUCUGAGUCUGUGCAGUGGGACUCCUUCCCGUGGGUUCGGACCGGUCUAAUUGCUGGGGUCUUGCUGACCACAGCCGUGGUCCUGUGCAUCCUCAGAGCUCUGCGGAAAGUCUAGGACUUCACUCCACACCAUUUAGUGGACUUCUGAAACGACUUAGGACACGACGAACUUUUAUCUUAGUGUUGGGACUUUAAAACUAGGAAUUUCUCCAACAACUGAAAUGACCGCAAUCACAAAAAGUAAAUGCAAGAGAUACAUGAAACAGUGUGUGAUACUGUACUGGACAGAGCAGGUGCACCGUCCACAGAAGCUUUGAAAAGUUUCAACUUGAAUAGAAAGAAUAAAAUCCUGACUGAGUGUCUGUGACAGACAAAGCCCCUUUUUUUUAA